CAUACUCACUUUGUCACCUAACAUGCAAUUUCUGCUCUUUGGAUUCUGUAAUCUGGACUUUUCCAAAAUGAAUAAAUGCAUUGUUCUAUCCUAGCUAGUUUUCAUGAUAUAAAUAUGAUGUUCUUGGCCUAGCUUCAUCACCACUGUGGUUCAUCACUAGUAUUUGUUUUGUGAGCUAGCAACAAUGGCAGACAGCAACAGCUUGCGCAAUCAAAUUUCCACCUUGAGGCAGUUUUUCUUUGAUGAGGGAAUGCUUGACAAGCACUUUGUCCAACUCGAAGAGUUGGAAGAAGAGAAUCCUCACUUUGCUGAGGAGGUGAUGACCAUGUUUUUCAGGGACUCUACCAAACUGAUAGCUACUGUGGAGCAUGCUCUCCAAACACCACCCUAUGAUCUCCCACAGAUAGAUCAAUAUCUCCAUCAGCUCAAAGGUAGCAGCUCCAGCGUUGGUGCUGCCAAGGUGUGGAGUGAAAUAAACAAACUGAGGGCACUUCUGAAAGAUGGAGAAAUGGAGAGAUUUUGGACUCAGUUUUUUCAAGUCAAAAAUGAGCAUGAUAAGCUCAAAGAGAAUCUUGGACCCUACUUUCAGAUGCUCAGGCAACUUGAUCCUUGAGACCCCUCAGCGCAAGUAAAGCAUAAUGAUGCAAUGGCUGCAGUUCUAGAGUUCAAGUUCAACCAAUAAGUGGUCUAUCUGUACUAGUUGUCUUGCUUGUGUUGGUCUUUUGUUUCUGAAAUAAAUAAGGCCACCUUACUAUGGUGUCCAGAAAUCAU